AUGGCGCGCAGAAACACUCCGUAUACGGCACAAGUCUCUGCACCUAGUCAGAGUAGUGCGUCUGACGCCGAGGGUGACGAAAGCCAGCGAGUAAUCGCAUUGAGCUUACUUCUCCAGACGCCGAAACCCAACAUUAAAGAGCUCCAGAACUUCCAGGCCAAGGUAGCAGCUGACCAGCAAGAGCUCAAAGUAUUGCUCGAGCAGCGGAAAACGCAGGCUGAAGAGAUCUCCAUGUGCCGUCGGAACGAGUUCACCGGGUUGAUCGUCAACGCCUUGCAGACCCCGAAUCGCCCCGUGCAAGGUGUUUCUCCCACACUCGUCGACACAAAGAUUGCUCGCAACGCCGUCUUCAAAUCCGUUGCCGAUGUCCUCAAAGCCUCGGAGCACCUGAUUGGCGAGUACGUCAAGCUGGACGCGAUGAUCACGGGCAUUCGAGAUGCAGAACCUGAAGGUGUUGCAGAGGCGUGGACUGAGGACAUCGAGAAGACUGCGAGGCUGCUGAAGACUGGCGCCGAGAUUGCGAUCAGGAACGUGAAGAGGGUGCUGGGGGCAGAUGUUGAGGUCGAUGAGAGGGACGUGAGAAUGGAGGCGGGCGAGAGAAUGGAUGGGAUCGAGAAGAUGGAGCUGAAAUAUGAGCUGCAGAAGAGUCUGCAGUAUGUUGAGAAGGGUGUGAAGAAGAUGGUCAAAAACCUGCCUCAAGAUGAGGAUUUGUCAACGGCGUUUGAGAUGGCAGCUACAAAGACAUGA